AUGAUUCACGGCUACGACUACCGACUCGUUCAAAUCCCCCAGACAGUCGAUCGAUCUGCAACAUGGACCAAGGUCACUGCGAUCAGGGAAGCGUUGAAACACUACGAAUACGUUGUAUUCAUAGAUGCAGAUUCCAUGAUUCCCUACCCCAAUCUACCCAUGGAAUGGCUAUUCAACUACUGGGAGAUCACUCCGGAGACUCUAAUUGCCAUGGCUCUUGACCCAGACACACCCCACAACCGUGAUUGGAAUAACCGCACAUUUCUCAACACGGGCUUUAUUAUUGCCCAGCAGAGCCCUCGUACCCAUGAACUCUUUGAGGCGUGGGAGAAUUGUCCCAACGGAACGCGCUAUCCAGAGUGCGUGAGGUGGGGUAGGGAAUGGCCACAUGAGCAGUCCGCAUUUGGAAAUUAUGUUAGGUCGGAUGACAUUCGUGUCUUGUCUUGUGCAGAGGCAAAUGGAUGCCCUGAGGUCGCAGCUACCGGGUGUGCUGGGGGGUUGGUGAGGCACUAUUGGGGUGACAAGAGCUCGCUACCUGCUAGUGUUGGGGAUGCAGUCUUAGAUUGCACCGGACUUUUUAUCACAAUUCUCGAACUUUGGUAG